AUGUUGUUCUGUUUCAAUAAAGCACUUAACAUUGAUGAACAAUGUGUAGAUGCUUAUGUUGGUCGUGGUGCUGCAUCAGCAGGUCUACGUAACUUUUCUGCUUCAUUGCAAGAUUUGGAAAAGGCAAUAGAGCUACAGCCGGAGCAUCGAAACGCAAAUAAAUAUCAAUUAGAAGUGCUCGUUGCAUAUGCAAAAGAGUUUGUUUUUAUCUUUGAAAAUAUCUUAAAAUCGUUUUCUUUAAACAGUUUGGAAAAAUCUGGAAAUAUCCGAGAAGCUGAAGAGAAAUUUACUCGUGUUUUGGAACUUCAACCGGGACAUUUUCAUGCUGUAGAUUUUUUUCAAAGAAUGGAUAUUUCUGAUAAUUCAAGGAAGAGGCCUUCUGAUGUUAUAGAACUUGAUGAAGACGAAGAGGAUUUGAAAAAAGGAAAAACUAAUGGAUUUAACAAUAAUAAAAAUCAGAGUGACGAUAAGAACAAAAAGGCAGAUUCUUCAAUGAGCGAGGAGGAGGCAAAACAGAAUCGUAUUAAAUUGAAAGAAAUGGAAGAAUUUAUAAGAAAAUUGAAAAGCAGAAAAUGA